AGAGGGGCUUAUCUUGAAUCUUUUAAUCUUGAAAUUAGGUUAAGUGGCACUGUUGGCCAACUAAAAGCAACCCCAAAUAUACUCAAUAAUGACACUCAUAAUCUCUCGCCCUCUGGCGAUUCCUUUAUUGGGUUAGGAAUUACAAAAUUCUUCAAGGAAUUAAUGAUACUAACUUGCUUACAAAGUUAGAAACAUACACGAAUUUUGUAAUAUAAACCCUACCAAAAUCGCCACUUUUCAAUCAUUUCAUUCACUCACACACGCAUAACACAUAACAUUAUAACCAUACAUACACACAUAUAUACAUACAUCUUUGAGCUGAGGGAAAGAGAUGAAAGAUCGGAUGGAGCGAUUUGUGAUAUUGCCGUUUUCGUUGGGGUGUUCAACGCAAUCCAGCGUCGCCGUGGUCACUACUCAUCAACAUAAGAAACAAAACCAACUCAUUAAAAGAAGAGAAGAGAGUGAUGAAAAUGGCUCACUUAAAAAAGAAUACACAAAAAUGGACAACAACGGUGUCGGUGCUAAUACCUCAGAUGAAAGAGAAGAAAGUGAUGAAAAUGGCUCAUUCAAAAAAGAAUACACAAAGAUGGACAACAACGGUGCAAAUAUAUCAGAUGGUUACGAAGAAGAGACGAAAGAGAGAGAGGCAGAGAUGGAGAUAGGGUUUCCAACGGACGUGAAACACCUGAGCCACAUCGGAGUAGAUGGAACUAUGACCACUUUUGACAACUCCUCCUCCUCAUCUUUUCCAUUCUCCGGUUUUCAACUCACCACCGUCUGAUAUUUUUUCACAUGCAUCUUUUUACUAAAAUCAAUGACAUUUAUUUCUUUUAAUAGUUUCCCCCUAGUUGUAAGAAACAUCUUAUUCCGGUUGCAAAGUAAAUAUACCUCAAAGCUCUAAAAAGUAAAAAGUCUAUUCAAUAAUGAACUCUUACCGACUUCAUCUUUCAA